AUGGAAUUGGGGAAUAAUACAGAAAUUUCAGAAUUUCUUCUUCUGGGAUUCUCAGAGGAACCAGAACUUCAGCCCCUCAUAUUUGGGCUGUUUCUUUCCAUGUACCUGAUCACUGUGUUUGGAAACCUGCUCAUCAUCCUGGCAGUCAGCUCAGAUGCCCACCUACACACCCCCAUGUACUUCUUCCUCUCCAAUCUGUCCUUUGUAGACAUCUGUUUCACCUCUACCACCAUCCCAAAGAUGUUGUGGAACAUACAAACACAGAGCCAAGUUAUCACCUAUGAAGGUUGCAUCACACAAAUUUAUUUUUUCCUACUCUCUGCAUUAUUGGACAUCUUCCUCCUCACAGUGAUGGCCUAUGACCGCUUUGUGGCCAUCUGUCACCCCCUGCACUACAUGGUCAUUAUGAACCCUCGGCUCUGCUUUCUGCUGGUUCUGGUGUCCUGGACCAUCAGUGCCCUGAAUUCCUUGUUACAAAGUUUAAUUUUGUUACAGCUUUCUUUUUGCACUGUUGUGGAAAUCCCUAACUUUUUUUGUGACCUCAGUCAGAUAACCCAACUUGCCUGUUCUGACACCUUUCUUAAUAAUAUGGUAAUGUAUCUUACAGUUGUGCUUCUGGGUGGUGGUCCCCUGGCUGGUAUCCUUUAUUCUUACUCAAAGAUAGUUUCCUGUAUAUAUAGAAUCUCAUCAACUCAGGGGAAGUAUAAAGCAUUUUCUACCUGUGCAUCUCACCUCUCAGUUGUCUCCUUAUUCUUCUGUACGAGCCUAGGAGUAUAUCUUAGUUCUGCUGCUACCCACA